AUGUUCGUAACCUUCUGUUGUUUUGACGUGUUCCGCUCUAGAGGGGGGCAGAACGAAUUGGACGGUCAAGAUCCACCUCCGUUACCUCCUCGUCGAGGUGCUCUUUUCGAAGUACCCUCUGGCAUCCGACCUGUACUUCAACGCACCGGCAUCGAAGUGCUUUGCUGGGGCGUAAGAAAUAUGCGCAAGUUCCAGUUGAUGAGCGUCAACUCACCCUCAGUAGAGAUCGAGAUCGGCGGAAAUCGAGUUGAAUCGAGCGUGAUAAAGAACGCCAAGCGCAACCCGAACUUCAACAGCCCUUUGCUCUUUCUCGACGUCAUGAUGCCCAAAGAGGAGUUGUACACACCGCCAAUGAACGUGGGCGUCCGUGACAAUCGACAGUUUGGUCGCAAGCCUAUUGUCGGACAGUUUCAGAUAACCGGUUUGGAAGCUUUCAGAAGGCUGGCUCUUAAUGCACAAUUCAAUCCGUUGGACAACUUCCCCAGCAAGUGA